UCAAAUACAAUUUCAGGAACCAGAUAAUACAGAAUCCUUUUCGAAUAUAAUGGCAGACAGACCCAAAAUGAAUUUGAGAAGAAGACGUACGAUUGACUACAAACACCUAGACUCCAAUUUAAGCUGUGGCGGAUGUGAUGUUUGAACGAACUAAUGAUACUAUGGUACUGGUUGAUUGUACGAUUUCGAAUUCCAAAUUCAGUACAUUCGGUUGUGCCUGUGUCUUCUUAAUUCAAUUGCGUUAUUUCUUGGACUCUUAGUUCGUGCUAUAAUUCAAAUAAUUCGAAACAUUAUAGAAAGGUCGAAGUCACUCAGCUACGAUGUUCAUGAAGGAAAUCGCAUGUACCUGAAUCAGUUAAAGCAUCUGCAUGAUCAAAAACUUCUUACUAUAUUAUAAUAUCCUAUUAUCACUUCGCAGUUCUUAAUAAUGACUUAUUCACGCACCAUUUGUAGUGUUCUUCCACUACAAAUAGUUUUUUCAAGCUGACCAUUUAACACACUAAUUUCAAACGUGAUGGAUAUAAUACAAUCACUUGGAAACUUCAGCGAAAACAUAUAUAGGCAGAUUUUGAAAAGAAACGAGGGUUAUUUGGAGAAUACAUUUCUCUCCCCUUUCAAUAUCUAUACUGCCCUCGGAAUGAUCCUCUGUGGAAGUGCAAACAAUACGAAUGCUGAGUUGAUAAAAGCGAUGCAGUUAUCUGAUUGCUUGGAACAGGAAAAAAUCCACAGCGCGAUUGGUGAACUUCUGGCUGAUCUUUCAAAGCCUGAUGAGAGUGUUGAGAUAAUCGUUGGAAAUAGAUUCUAUGUAAAUGAGGAUGCGCAAAUUGAGAAACGAUUUAAAAAUAUCAUCAAGCAGCAUUACAAUGCACUGGCUGAGCAUGUUGCGUUUCAUAGAGAUCCGGAAUGUGCUCAAAAUCGAAUUAAUCAGUGGGUUAGCGAACAGACCAACGGAACAAUCCAAGAACUUAUCCCACGAGAAGCUUUAUCAGAAGGAACGUCAGCUGUUGUGGUCUCCACUACAUACUUUAAAGGUUUAUGGAAUCUACCUUUCCCUUACGAGGAUUCACACGACAGUGAUUUCUUCAAACUUGACGGAUCAACAAUGAACGUGAAGUUAAUGUAUAAUCUAUCCUAUUUCAGUAUGGUCAUCUUACCAGAUUUGGAAUCGCGAGCUAUCAAGAUACCGUUUAUAGAUCCGAAUUGAGCAAGAUAGGAGUGGUCCGGAAGAAGUAUAAAGUCAGCUAACAUAAAAGUAUGAGUUCAUAAACUGUAAAUUCAAAUGCAUGAAGCUUGUGUUUGUACAUUAACCAUCAAAUAUAUUGAAUCGUUCAUGUAAAGACUGAAUAAAUCUCUUCACUUUUUAUGUUUCUUUAAAUUUUUUCUUCCAAGAUUACGUCAUACCUUUAUUAUUUGAUUUCAUCCAAUUUUUUGAACUGUAUUUUACAUGAUGGUCUAGAGGUUCGGGGCUCGCGUGCAAGA